AUGUCUCUUGCAAAAGAUCUUCUUCAUCCCUCACCAGAGGAGGAGAAGAGGAAACACAAGAAGUGCUUGGUGCAAAGCCCCAAUUCCUACUUCAUGGAUAUGAAGUGCCCAAGAUGCUAUAAAAUCACCACCAUUUUUAGCUAUGCACAAAUGAUAGUUUUGUGUGUUGGUUGCUCCACUGUUCUCUGCCAGCCCACAGGAGGAAAAACAAGGCUUACAGAAGGAUGUUCCAUCAGAAGGAAGCAGCAUUGA